GAUCUAAAUCGCUCUAUAGCCUUUUGGCACUACGACUAAGGUCUAUGGGUUACGUUGUCGUUGUACCUAAUUUCACAUUAUAUCCUCAGGGCAAGGUUGAAGACAUGCUUUCAGAUUUAAAGCGGGUUCUGGUCUGGACAAAGGAACACAUACAAAACUACCAUGGAGAUCCCAAGGAUAUCUACAUGAUGGGACAUUCUAGCGGUGCUCAUUUGUCUGCGCUU